AAUGGGCAGUUCAAAGUCUUCAUCCUUAGGCCUCUUGCACACGACCGAUCAUUCCGCCGACCGGUUGUUUCUCCGCCCGGCAAAGAAAUCGGGAUUAUCUUACACACGAUAAGCGAUCGGCCGGUUACGUGCCGUUUACUUUGCCUUCUGCAUGAAGGCCAGUGCUGUACUGUCAUCCGACGUAGAAAGAGCUUGGCUAUUUUCGUUUCGUGCAUUGUCAAAAAUGAAACGUGAAAAGAAGAUCGCGCUUGUGUGUUUAUUGUAUAGACGAAGAAAAUACAAGAAAGCUUUAGCAAGAAGAUUAUGGAUUCAUCCACUGGUAGCUGAAAGAAGUGCAGUAGGAGCAUUUUAUACCUUGUUUACAAGACUACGAGAACAUGAAGCAAAAUUUUUCAAUUACUUUAGGAUGUCUGUUGCAACAUUUGAUUAUUUACUACAGCGUUUGGACAAACAUAUAGCCCGUCAAGAAACAAACAUGAGACAAGCGAUACCACCCACAGAGAUGCUUGCAGUUACAAUAAGGUAUUUGGCAAGCGGUAUGACUUUCACAGACCUUCACUACGCAUACAGAUUGGGAACAUCAACAAUACGUAAAAUUGUUAGGGAUGUAUGCAGGGAAAUUUGGGAAAUCCUACUUGAUGAAUGCAUCCCACCGCCAUCAGAAAAGAUGUGGAAUGAAUGUGAAGCAGGAUUUGCUAAUAAUGCCAAUUUUCCAAAUUGUUUCGGAGCGAUAGAUGGGAAACACAUUCGAAUUGUGAAGCCACAACGAAGUGGCUCAUUAUUUUACAACUACAAAAAUUUUUUUUCAAUCGUGUUAUUGGCUGUUGUGGACACAUCAUACUGUUUUCGAUAUGUUGACAUUGGAGCAUACGGUAAAGAAUGUGAUUCCUCCGUAUUUAAAGAGUCAACAUUUUUUCAUGCAUUGAAUUCAGAUUCUUUGUAUACACCUUGCCCAAAAUGCUUACCAGGAAUAGAAAAUCCGGCUGUACCAUAUAUUUUAGUUGGCGAUGAGGCUUUUGGAUUAAGUGAUAAAUUGCUACGUCCAUUUGGUGGAAACAACUUAACACAGCAACAACGUGUAUUUAAUUACCGUUUAUCACGUGCCAGGCGUUAUGUUGAAUGUGGAUUCGGUAUUUUUAGCAACAAAUGGAGAAUCUUUCAUCGACCUAUAAACGUACAUCCCGAAUUCGCCAUUGACAUGAUUAAAGCAUGUUGUAUCUUGCAUAAUUUAGUACGAAUGAGAGAUGGUUUUAAUAUCGGCGAUGUCUUAGAAAUUAUAAACCUCGAAGACAUACCAAGAGAGCGAAAUUUGCGAGGAUCAAGAAGCGGGAAAGAUAUACGGGACCAUUUCACAAAAUAUUUCAAUAGUAAUGAAGGAUCUGUACCGUGGCAAUUAAGUAAAAUAUAG